AUGGAGACCAUACACACUGGUUAAUUAUAAAUCACGUGAUAAAUCCGAAUGUUAAUUGAUUUGUUUUCAAAAUGUAUUAAUUGAAUAUUUUGACCAAGUAAAUUGUUUCUAUUUUAGGAAUACCUAUGAAAUAAUCUUAUGACAUGCUAAUUGAGAGAAAGAGAGCUUAUCCAUUGAAAUCCUAAAUUACAGCCUUCAUAGUAGUGAUGUGAGUUUUGACUUAUCCACCAUCUCUCGUUCUUUCUCAGAAUGCUACUAUAAUAACAAAGAAAGAAGCAUAUAUGUUUUUGAUCGAUCAUUCAUGCAUGCUCUGUUUUUCUCGAGACAAUAAUUAAUACAAGUAUGGGAAGCAAGCACAGUAAGCAAUCUCGCCGGCGUUCCGGCAGCUACACUAACCGUAUAUGCCAUUCCAAGACGACGCCGGUGACUUACUACGAUGGUACAACAACCCAACAAAUUCCUUGGGGUAAGCAACAAACAACCAAACCAAAGUCCAGGUACUUACAAAUUGGAGAUGAUUACAGCUCCCUGGAACAGGUAGCUGAAGCACUUGCCCAAGCUGGUCUUGAAUCAUCGAACCUCAUAGUGGGAAUCGAUUUCACGAAGAGCAAUGAAUGGACCGGCGAAAGGUCUUUCCAGGGGAAGUGCCUCCAUCAUCGUGGGGUUACUCCGAACCCAUAUGAACAAGCAAUCUCGAUUAUCGGAAGAACACUUUCAGCUUUUGAUGAGGAUAAUCUGAUCCCCUGUUUUGGUUUUGGUGACGCCACCACCCAUGAUCAAGAAGUAUUCAGCUUCUACCCUGAAGACAGGGUUUGCAAUGGGUUUGAACAAGUACUCAGUCGUUACAAAGAAAUCCUUCCACAUCUCCACUUCUCUGGGCCAACAUCUUUUGCUCCUGUGAUUGAAACUGCAAUGGGGAUUGUGGACAAGAGUGGUGGCCAGUAUCACAUUCUUCUCAUUAUUGCAGAUGGACAGGUGACACAAAAUCAAGAUCCAUAUAGCACAAGGUUAAGCUCCCAGGAACAGAAUACCAUCAAUGCUAUUGUGAAAGCCAGCAAGUUCCCUCUUUCAAUUGUGCUUGUUGGUGUUGGCGAUGGACCGUGGGAAACAAUGCGUAAAUUCGAUGAUAACAUCCCUGCUAGAGCCUUUGAUAAUUUUCAGUUUGUGAAUUUCACCUCAAUCAUGUCCAAAAACAUUCAUUCAUCCAAGAAGGAGGCAGAAUUUGCAUUGGCUGCGUUGAUGGAGAUACCUUCACAAUACAAAGCCACUCUGGAGCUCCAACUUCUAGGUUGUAGGAAAGCGGCUCCUCCAACGACAAAACGUCCUCGUCCUCCCCCUGUCCCAUACUCCCGCAACAUGUUGGUAACCUCAUAUCGAUCUAGUAUGAUGUCAAGUAAUGAGAACUGCCCCUUAUGCUCAUGGAAGAAGAAGGAUCUUGCAUUUGGAUGUGGGCAUCAGACAUGCUCCGAUUGUGGAAGAGAUGUGAAGCUCUGCCCAGUAUGUCAAGUCAUUGUGUCCACUAGGAUAAAGUUGUUUGAUUCAUAAAUUAAUUAAACAAGAAACCUUUUUUGGUAUAUAAUAACUUACAAAGGAUCCAUUGUACUCCUACAAACAUCGUACUCCGAACUAGCUAUUUGAUGUACUUGUUGUGCGUUUUUAUACGUGUAGCUCCAUCUUCGAUUUUCAUUUUGUAUUGGAAUAGUAAGAAUUCUUAAGCUUUUAGUUUCUAUGCAUCCUAUUGUUUUACUUCAUAAGCAAAAGAGAGAGGCGUGUUUAAAUAUGUCAAAUUGUUCAACAACAAAAGAAGAACUUGGACUUGAUAAACAACUUUUUAGAUAUGUCUAUAUGUUGUGUUUAGCCCAAAACACGAAUAUAGUACCGACUCUAUAGUUGGAAUGUAUUGAAAGAAGUCAAAUUAGAAAAAUUAUUUGUUUUACUUCUUUCAUUUAUAUCCCAAUAUAAAUUCGAUAUACGAUU